UUAUUGUAUCAUGAUAAAUGGGUGUUUUUCAUAACAAAAGUAUUUUCAAUUCCUAAUUAAACAUAGAAAACACUAUCACAAUUUCAUUGGAGAGAUAGAACCUCACACUCCCAAUCAAUCCAAAAAAUAUAUAUAUACAAAUAAAUAAACGAAAAUGAGAUGGGAAAAUACAUUUAAAAAACACUGUUGUUCUUCCAUGCCUUGAUAUGAACCAUAUAUUAACCAUUUUAAACCCAUUGAAACCGCAUUAGAAUCUGCUGUUUCUUAACUUCAAUCCCACUAGAUAUCAAGAACAAAACCAAACAAAAUCCAUUGAAAAUGAGGCGUAAAACCAGCAAGAAAACACAAGCUCCCACGCCAUGAGAGAAAAUACAAAAACCAUAGUUCAAGCCAUUCGGAUAAGGACGCACAUAGAUUUUUUCUCAUUUACCCACUACGAGUUAUUUAAACAACGUCUAGAUACUUCCCCACUUGUACCGUCCAGAUCUUUCGUUAGAAAAGAUAGCGAUCCGUGGUCUCUCGGACUGACCAAUCCGGGAUCACUCCAGGUCUCAUCACCGAACCACAGCCUUGCCUAUAAAUACGGGAAGGUCCCGUCAAAUGGUUUUCAGCCAAUUCUGUACCAGCUGUUGUUUAGUUUAUUGUGGUGUUCGUGAUGUCCACCGAAGGUGUCGCUGUCGAGCAACCGGAGCAGGAAGUGGUUGUGACGGAGCAGGCGGUAGCUCUGGAGAUGCCAGCCCCGGAGAAGAAGCCAAAGGCUCGUAAGGAGAAGAAGCCCAAACAGGCCAGAGCUUCUUCUCAUCCUCCUUACUUCCAGAUGAUCAAGGAGGCUCUUUUGGCUCUGGACGAGAAAAGUGGCUCCAGUCCGUACGCUAUUGCCAAGCACAUGGAAGAGAAGCACAAGGCAGUCCUCCCGGCGAAUUUUAGGAAAAUCCUGAGUCUUCAGUUGAAGAACUCCGUAGCGAAGGGAAAUCUCAUCAAGAUCAAGGCUUCCUACAAGCUUUCCGGAGUAAGAAAAGGAACGGCAAAGUCCGAUGGAGCGAAGAGAGCGAAGGCCACCUCUGAUCCUAAGAAAAAGUCGGUGAAGAAAUCAGAGACUCCAAAGAAAGUUGCGGCCAACAAGGCUAGGAAAACCGUGCCAUCAAAGGUGAAGCAACCCAGGUCCAUUAGAUCUUCUGCUAAGAAGGCUAAGAAGGUCACAACCUGAACAUGAGAGACCAAUAAAUAAGGAGCUCUUUUAUUGGUUUUAACUUUUAUGUAAAUACGUGAAGUGUGUGUUUUGUUUUGUAAUUGGGCAGAAUGAUGAACAUCUCUGUGUAUUCUGCAAUGUUAGGGGAAAUGAAGAGUCUGCUUUUCAUGUUAGCAAA